AUGUCCCGGCACAUCUACACCCGACAUGGGAUAGGAGAGGGACUGCAGAAGCCUGUGUUCCAGGGAAACAGAGGGACUUACUCCAGACGCAGCCGACUGAAGAGGUCCGACGGCAGCACCACGUCCACCAGCUUCAUCCUCAGACAGGGCUCAGCUGAUUCCUACACAAGCCGACCGUCUGACUCGGAUGUGUCCCUGGAGGAGGAGAAGGAGGGCGGCCGGCAAGAGAAGGAGCAGCAGGCCACUGUUCAGCUCGAGAGGGCAAAGACUAAAGCGGUGGCGUUUGCUGUGAGGACCAAUGUCAGUUACUGUGGUGCGUUGGACGAGGAGGUUCCCGUGGCCGGCACCGCUGUGUCUUUUGAUGCCAAGGACUUCCUCCACAUCAAAGAGAAGUACAACAACGACUGGUGGAUCGGCCGCCUGGUGAAGGAGGGCUGUGACAUCGGCUUCAUCCCGAGCCCUCUGAAGCUUGAAAACAUCCGUCUCAAUCAGGAACAGAAGAGAGGACGCUUCCACGGCAGUAAGUCCAGCGGGAAUUCCUCCUCCAGUCUCGGAGAAAUGGUGUCAGGAACUUUCAAGCCGAACCCUAACUCUGCAGGAAAGCAGAAACAGAAAGUGGCUGAGCACAUCCCUCCCUAUGACGUGGUUCCCUCCAUGAGGCCGGUUGUCCUGGUGGGACCUUCCCUGAAAGGUUAUGAGGUGACAGACAUGAUGCAGAAAGCCCUGUUUGACUUCCUGAAGCACAGGUUUGAUGGCAGGAUUUCCAUCACACGGGUAACAGCUGACAUAUCCUUGGCCAAGAGGUCAGUACUAAACAACCCUAGCAAGAGGGCCAUCAUUGAGAGAUCCAACACCCGCUCCAACCUUGCCGAGGUCCAGAGUGAAAUAGAGAGGAUCUUUGAGCUGGCCAGGUCUCUGCAGCUGGUGGUGCUGGACGCAGACACCAUUAACCAUCCAGCGCAGCUCAUCAAGACCUCAUUAGCGCCCAUUAUCGUCCAUGUUAAAGUGUCCUCACCUAAGGUUCUCCAGCGGCUGGUCAAAUCCAGAGGGAAAUCUCAAAGCAAACACUUGAACGUGCAGCUUGUUGCAGCUGAGAAACUAUCACAAUGUCCUUCCGAGAUGUUUGAUAUUAUUCUGGACGAGAACCAGCUGGAAGAUGCAUGCGAACAUCUGUCGGAGUACCUGGAGGCAUACUGGCGUGCUACACACACGUCACUUAGCACGCCACUCAACCCCCUGCUAGGACGCAAUCUGGGCUCUACUGCUCUCUCCCCGUAUCCUGCCGCCAUUCAGGCCCAAAGAAACAUGAAUAGCAACCACAAAACGACAGACCAUGCACCCGUGGAACGCCGCAGCCUGAUGCCCGCUGACGAGAACUACCAUAACGAAAGGGCGCGGAAGAAUCGCAACAGUCUGUCCUCAGGCUCACAGCAGAGCCGGGACCACUCGCCCCUGGUAGAGGAGGACUACCAAGACCCCUACCAGGACUCUUACAAGCCUCACCGCAACCGAGGGUCGCCAGGAGGCUACAGCCAGGAGUCCAGGCACCGGCUGUGAGCUGAGGCUGCAAUCACAAGUCAAGGCCUGUCCUUCUCUAAACAGCCACUGGGGACCUAUGAGUGGAGGCAGCUCUCCUGUGUCUAUAUGAUGAAACCACUACACUCAUUUGGACUGAAACAAACUUGUAUUGAUGUGUAGUACCUCAUAUUCCCUGUGGCUCCUGCCAGACGGGCAUUUGAAUAUAGAAAAUUACAAAUCCUGCUCGUGCUUUGACGUGAUCAAGGGAAGGAUAAGAAAGUAGCACAAAACCAGAAAAGUUAUGUUAUAAUGGGAAGGCUUAAGCUGGAGUUGAUCUGAAUAUGUCUCAGAUGUGGGAGUAAUCGAAUACCCUAGCAGAUGUAACGUAGGCUCCUCUAGACCCUUCCCAUCACCUCAGAUGUUACUGUAGCAUGCAGGUUGGACUGUGGCGACAGGUCACUACAUGCCUCAAAUCCAGUGCCAGACAGCAAGAGCAUCCAGCACAGUGAAGAUGAUCAGCACAGAACCUGUUUGCACGCACCCGGGAGCCAGUAGAAGCGGAAUAUAAUGCAUCUGUAACGCUUCUCAAGUUCCUUUGCCACUGUCCUCGAUGUGAGUGUAAUAGAUCUCGUGGAAGCCUGUUCCCAAAUCCAGAGUUUUACAGAUUUGCUUUUUAAAUGACAUGGACAGUGUCGUGGUGUUCUCUUCAGGGUUCAUACAGUUGCUCCCUGUGCACAACCCUGUUCUUUCUUACUGCCAUUUUCUGUCAUUACUCAUAACAAGAGAGAAAUAUUUAAAAGAAAUCAUGCAGAUAUUAAAACAUUUCAAAGCUCCAAACCUCAGGAAUGAGAGGUCACUACGACCUGGAAGUGUGUUGACAGAUGUAGCGUUUAUGUUCUCACCCAUCUGAUGGGGAUACUGAGUAUAAUGUUGAUUUGUUAAUAAUGAUUGUUAUGAUUUAGUUGUUACAGAAAACGUUUUUCACAUCAGGAGCUCAGGAGUCACUUAGAACGGUCGUGCCAGCAUGUUUUUCAUACGCCUUGCAUCUAUCAGCUGCUGUUGUCUGCCGUGCUAAGCAGGACAACAUCCGGAAUUGAUUAGAUUGUAAUGAAAAGACUUGUAUUGAGGGCUUCCAUUUGUAAAUACAGUAAACUAAUUAAAAAAGGAUUUAUUGAAGUUCAUGAAAUUACAUUCCAUUAGUGAAGUCCCUGCAUAUGCCUACCAAUGUCUAACAGAAAAAGACACUUUCCUUCUUCUUACUUUUAAAGCUUUUGUAAAAUAAAGUAAGUGAGUAGUAGUCUUACAGGCCUCAACUAUUCAAUUUAACUUUCAUUAAAAGACUAAAAGAAGAUAAACUAUCAGAAAGCACAUGUGCAGGACUGUCUGUGCUGCAUUUGACAUGGUGUCUUUUAAUCGUAGAGUGGCUUCCUGUAUUUUUUUAAAUCAGAUGAAUUCACUUGGACGCUGACAGGCAACAAAGGAUGAUUAUACUAUUUCCUUUUAAUGAAAUAUCCUUGUAUCUUGUCAUUUAAUAUUUGUUGAAAUAAUUUGUAGUCCCUAUGCCAGAGAUGUCAUUGAUUCUGGAAAGGAGCAUUGACAAAGAUACUUCUGUUCUUAUCUGCCAUUAACAGUAGCUUUUAAUGUUGUUGUUGUUUCAAAACUCUGGAGAAUAAGCAACAAUUUAAACGAUCUGAAUACUGCCUGUGAGAGAAUGAUGCCUUGAGUAGAAGUUU